AUGGGCACCGCCGGACGGGAGCUUUUUGAACGUGGCGGUGGCGGCGGCGGCGGCUGCGGCGGUGGCGGUGGUGGCGGAGGUGGCGGUGGUGCUGUCGUUGAGAAUCGCGAAACUGAACAAUGCAGAAUAUGUGCUAGUGAUGUCGAUGCUGAAGAGAGAAUUGACAUUUUCGCCGAGGAGUCGAGAAGAAAAUACCUACAAUCGAAAAUUCGGAAAUACCUUUACAUUCUCGUAUCGAGCGAGGACAAGCUUUCGAAAAUGGUAUGUCCUACUUGUGCGAAACGACUCGAGGGGGUACACAGGUUCGCGACAAUGGCUUACAGAACUCAAGAGAGACUGAGGUUACGGUUCGACGAGGAGAGGAGGCCCGACGAGACGGGGGAGCCUCCUAACGAAAUCGACGUCGAUAACGAUGGAAAGAAUAAGAAGCAACAUUUUUUCGAAAAUAACGAUGAUAAAGAGGUGCUGCAAAAAGAUCGGGGACUUUUGCACUCGAUAUUGACCAAGGGCGGCAUAGAAAUAGUUACGGACAAAGAAACUACGAUAACAUCGGCGGAUACUGGCUCGGGCUUAUCGGAGGUCGAUGCUAGCAGAGACGACACUCAAUCAUCGACAUCUUACAUGGAAGAAAUGGAGGUCAGAGUGGAUCCAAUGGUAUUUUUAGAGUGCGAUUUGGAGGGCGGCGACUCGUCCGAUUAUACCGACGAAUCGGACGAGGAGAAGUUGAAACGAGAGGAAGCCUCGUUCAAGAUCAAUUCGUUCGACGAGGAAACCGAUACCACACUUGGAAAUCAUAAAAAGGUUCGUCCGAUAAAAAAGAAUAAAAACACGUCGGAGGGACAAGGGAAAAGCAUCGAAAGCGACGAGGACAUUGGAAACGCGAGUUUAAAACCUUACGAAUGUACAAUUUGUGUUCGAUCCUUCGUUUCGCAAAUAGGAUUGCAAAAUCAUUUGUGGUCGCAUUUGCCUCGAGAGAGACGUCACACCGGGGAGAGUAAACCCGUGCUCCGAUCGCAACACGGAUUCUCGACGAACGGAAUUUUACAGGCCAAUAGCACCGACAACGCCUCCUCGACCGGCAACUUUGUCUGUCCGAUAUGCAGCAAGAGAAUAUCGACGAAAGGAAAUUUGAAAGUUCAUUUGGAAACUCAUAGGCCUAAAGGAAAAUACGGAUGCGACAUUUGCGGACGAAUUUUCAAAACGCAGUCGAAUCUCUUUCGUCACAAGGAAUAUCACGGCGGGAUACAAUUCCCGUGCAACGUAUGCGGUCGGGUUUAUCCGACCAAUUCAACACUCCGCGCCCACAGCAUAACGCACUCGGAUUUACGCCCGCACGCUUGUCCCCUGUGCGACAAAACAUUCAAGAGAAAUCAAGAUUUGAAAUUUCACAUAAAUCAACACACGGGUGCCCGGCCCUAUCAGUGCCCUUACUGUCCGAAGGCGUUCGCAAGCUCGGGCAACUGCUUUUCUCACCGCAAGAGAAUGCAUCCACGGGAGGUGCACCGAGAUCGACAGAGGGCAGCGGAUUUGAUGAGAUGAAGUGGCAACCAAAGUCCGGAGAACGGUUCUAAUUGCAAUGGUUCUAAUGGAAAAUCUCCUUAAACGCAUACAAACCUUUUUUUUUUGUCAAAUAGAGAGCAGAAAACAACGCAACGUAACCAUUAGCGAAAACGCAAAUCACGAACUGAGGAAAGCCGGAGAGAAACGAUGCUAAAAAUAGAAAAAGAAAAUUAAGCAAAAAAUGGAAACAAAGAAAUGCCAAUUUUUGGAUGAUUCCAUGAAAAGAAAAAUAAGCAAAGCCAUCUCGGCAAGGCGCCGCUGUGAAGAAAUAGUGCAAUGAGGUCGAUAACGAGUAAAGACUGGACGAUAUGAUAGAUUCAUGUGUCAAAGUAGCUUUUAGGGUGGACCGUAGUGAAACAAUUCUAUUUUAGAGAAUAUCGAGAAGCGUCAUGAGCGAUUUUAGUCUCGUAAACCGACAUUACAUUCGUACAAACUCUAUUGUUUUCAAUUUUUCUAUAAGUUUGAGACGAAUCGUGUUCGUCAGUCAAUUGAUUCCUUUGGAGAUUGGCAGCAUCAUGACGUAAAUCCAAAGUAUUUGCUGGUUCUCCCGCAAAUAAAAUGUACAAGCGUUCCGCUGCUGUCUCCGUUUACACGUUUACAACACUUCUAGGCCACGGGAACGAUUUUUGGUGCUCCAAUCGUUAAGCUUCGUCUCGUUGGCUCUUCACUUUUGUUAAACCGCUCCGAAUGAUGUUUUAUGGAAGAGAUUUUGACAAAACUGUGCACGCGAACAAACUCAUGUAUCUGGAAUCGUGUGUGAUUGUAGAAUAGCUGAAGUUUUUAGCGAUUUUAGAGUUACCAUCGACGCAGGUACUGGCAGUAGAUUUUUAGUACACGAUACCAAAGAUUCGUAUCGUUUCAAUCUAGAAUGUGUAAUAACAGUACAGACUGUAAGUACGUCUACGUUGUUGCUCUGGAUAAAAGUAUUGGGCAUUAUCGAUCGAUUAUGUUAUUACGUUGAUCGUUAUAAUUCGUUAAUAUUUUUGCAGUCCCAACACGAUUGCCCGAUAUUUUUCUUCCGAGGUCGUACAAAUUAUUUGAAAAAAUUCAUUGUCUUCGGAAAGUGAAAUCGAGUGCGCUUAGUCCGUUGUAUUAUUGAAUUUAAGGUACAAGAGAAACGUACAUUUAUAGCUUAUCAAGUAAAAAUGCAUGACGUUAAUUGCUUUCCUUUCUUUCGCAAGAAUAUCCAACACGAUUAAUAUUCGUCAUAGCCAUCGAGACAAUGUCUUCCCCUCAUGCGAGGAUGAGAGUCGUGAUGCACGACUGUCUUCGCGCCUAAGCACGUGAGGUAGAUAACAGAGUAUUCUAUUUAAUGAGAAACACGAUCGCGGGAUCGUUCGAGUUAAUUAACUCGGAACUCGGAGAUAAUAGAAAAUUCGGAAUUAAUUCUAGUCAAAUUUUCAAAACGACAUUUGAAUUUGUGUCAUUUUUUAUACUACAAGCUCGACACACGAUGAAGCAAAUGAAAAUGUGUAUUCUAGGAAAAUCAGUUAAAUUCCUAAUUAAAAGGAAUCAAAAUUCGAUUCGUUUGUUACUUUUUAAAGUCUUGCCACUGCCACUGUUGAUUUCAUCAAUGAUUAUUGAAUGUAAUGAUUUCUUUCCCCUCGAGUCUAUACAUGUGAGAUCGAACGAGUGUGAAUUACUGGAAUGUGAUAAGCCACGAUCCGAUCUGCCUAAAAUUAACUUCCCAAGGGUUCGUUUAACACCGUGUAACGUGCCGAACAGCGAAUCGAUAGAACCAAAUUCCACCCCGACACGCAAGAUAAUAUUAUGAUUAACCGGAUGCUGCAGAACGAGACGUGAUAUCUCGAAAUAUUUUUAGUAGACGAAGAUGACAAGAAAAAAUGUGCCAAAGAUACCUCCGUGCGUUAUUUUGCUUCGACUUGAAAAACGUUGCGACAAGGAAGAAUUCCGUUGAGUUUAUCGUUGCUGUCGUACCGGGUGACGAGACUAAUCACAUUUUUAUUGCUUUUCCUUUUACGAGAAACAAGCGUUAAGAGGAAUUGUAAUUUCUCACGAAUUCAAUAUCGUAUAAAUAUUUGAGAAAAUUCUGAUUUUCGCGACAAUCCCCCCCGGUUGAGAAGAAAGAAAUAACGAUACAAAAACGCGAUACUCAAUAUAGUACAAUAACGACGUAUACACAAUGUAUUAUUACUUGAACGACAUUAUUUAAAUUAGAUUGCGACUAAGGAUCUUAGAUAAGGAAACGAAGGUGCAUUUAGAUAUUCCAACUAUAUACAGUACUCUAAAACGCGACGCGUGUACCAUUGCGGUAGGAAAUAAAUGAUAAGUCAUUAAAACUCAUGUUUUGUCGACACAAUUAAAGUUUGAGAACGCGUGUGAUAUUCGUUUAUCACAUCAAUAGUUUCCACCACCGUGUUUCCCAUGUGCGAUAAAUAUCUUCGAGAUAAAACGAAAGAUAUGUUAGAAAACGGCAUUUUACUUCAUUUACCCUGUUCAGUGUAGCAAAGCAUGAUUUUUUUAAAAAAAUAAUAACAAAAAACGAGAGUGAAAUGGUUCAUUAUUAUUUUUAUUGAAUGACGUGGUGAUGAGCCGAGUGAAGGAUUAUCGAGCCAAUGAUGUGCCGGGGAUAAUAAAUAAAUUUUCAUUUGGUUCGUCGCUUCGACAUAAUACUGGGAAUGCAAGUCUAAUUCGAGGAGUUAAUGAGCUACUGAAAAAAAAUUAGUCGCGUGAGAAACGGCGCGUCAACUCCUCCUCUCUCUCUCUCUCUCUCUCUCUCUCGAUGUGUAUUUGUACGAUGACCUUGAAGCAUCGUUCAAAUCGCGAGAGUUCGGUGUGGCUCGCAUGUUCAAUCAGACACACGUAAUAUAUAUAGAUAAAAUAUAUCCGCGAUGUGACGUACGCGCGGUAACAUGCAGCACAGCAGAUUACGGCUGCGAUUUCUAGAGUUGCAGAUACAUUAAAAACGAUAUUUAGAAAGCGCAGCGACCGGGCGAGAGAGCCUCUCGCUCGUAAUUUUCGUAUACGUGUGAUAGCGGAAAGUUCUUGUCGAUUGGGGUCAGUAAAACACAAGCGAGCGCGUGUUUUAGCCCCUAUUAUUAUAUGUCGACAAAUAAACAUGUGUUGCCCCGAACGACGUGUGUUUAAUCGAAACCGAAAUAGUGUGUUUUAUUGUGUAUUCCCAACGCUGAGCGAGGUCAAACGAUUCUCGCGUUACUGAUUUUUUAUUUUCGUACAUACUUUAUGUCCUUUCAAAUAUAUUGUAUACUCGUGCGUGUGUUCCAACGAUGCAGUAUAUUUCAUCAGAUUCCUCUACGCGAAAAAAAUAUAAUGUUUGAGUAAAUCACA